AACGACGGCGACGAUGACGAGUCAGGGCGUCCAGUCUAGACAAUUCGAUUUCACGCCGAACGAGCAUCACAGCCACUUCGAACCAGAACUGUCCGUAACGGAACAGUGAAAGAACGCAUUCGGGGUGUGAGAAAUAUCGACAUGAAAACAACGUCCCACCCGAUGAUAUGCAUCAUAUAAAAUAAGCAGGGUGGUUUUCAUGGAAGUGGGAUUCAAAAUCACGAACAUUUCUUAUAAUUAGCAGGACUUCAUGGAAACACCAGAAAUUCCAUACGUAGCUAGCGAAAUAGCAUUCGAAUUCGAUUUCGAUAAACGGUAACUUUAGCUCUAUUUUUAGAGGAACUUCGUAAAGGAGAGAAUAUUUUUCUAAGAAUUCUGAUCAACUAUGAACUUCGUGAAGUUAAAUAGCACGGAUGUUCCAGAUAGUGAAUAUAUGUCCCCUGUUACUUUGAGCGAUGACUGGUCUAGAAUGGCCAGGUUGAUAGUGCUAGUUUGUUUGGCAUCCGUAGGGAGUGUCGGAAAUGUUUUUAUGAUAAGUGCUGUUAUGAUUGACGACUAUUUGAGGAAAAAAGGUAAUACGUUUGUUGUGAAUAUUGCACUGGCUGACUUCUUGGUUACUGGAUUUGUAGUACCAGCAUCAGCCGUUGUUAUUUUGGCUGGCAUUCAAGAUAGUUUGGAAGUUUGUCGGUUCCAGUGGUUCCUUGCAGCACUAUGUUUUUUAGUUAGCGUACUGUCCAUUGCAGCAGUUGCUGGUGAAAAUUAUCUCCGGCUUUGCUGCUCAGCAGAAGCCAAUGCAAAACUCACUUCCGGUAAAAUAACAACGCUUCUAGUAGUAUUUUGGAGUAUGAGUAGUUUAACAUCAGGAUUGCAGUUUGCCCCAAGACUCUCUUUCGACUACUGUACAAGAAAAACACCUGGACUUAUUCCUUACCAGAUAACCGUUGCUGUAGUGUUUGUCUUUCUACCAGUUUUUUUGACUUUGUAUUAUUUUGUGACGACUUAUAUCAAAAUGAAGGGUAUUAGAAUCGAUAGACCAAACUAUAAAAUUCCUGUAACUGUGAAAUGGGACCAUUCUCUUAUGCUUACUAAUCUAUACAGUUUCAUAUUUUUCGUAGUGUUUUGGUUACCGUUUGGAGUAGUUUUAGCCGUAGGCACAGUGAAUAGAAUACCAAAUAGAAUUUUUUAUAAUUUUGCGUGGCUAGGGAUUAGUAAGUCCUGCAUUAAUAGCAUAAUUUAUUGCAUCACUAAUAGGCAUUUUAGAGGAGCUUACAUAAAACUCUUCCAUUAUUGCUGCUGCAAGACGACCGUUUCGUUUUCCAGGAGACACAGACCUGAAGGCAUUAGACCUUCGGGAGACGUAAGAGUUCAUAUUAUACCUGGCUAUAACAUGUAUUGCAGCCCCCAACGGGGAAGGGAAGGCCAACUCAAACGAUGUACUACUUCGCGGGCAAAUGGUGGAGAUAUUUAUGAAUUAUGAUGAGAAAACACUAGUUCUUCCACCAAAGGUGUAUGGAUAUAGGUUGAAUGAUGAUUUAAAACAAGGGCAAAAUGAAAAAUUUACAAUCUUGCUAUGAAAUAUAACACUUCGGAACUCCUAUGCAUUUAUCUUUUUUUCUCUCUAUAAAGGAGGGUAAGUGGCAAUAUAUCAUCAACAUGGGCGUGCGCAAGAAAUGGCAAUUGGAAUUGGGACUUUAAAAUUUCAGAAUAUUAUAAUAAAUAAAGCUUUAUUCUUUAAACCACCCCUAGGAUAGAUUACUGCCGAACCUCAUUAAUUCAGAGGUGUUUAAGUAUUAUCCAUUUAUUCUGUGACACCCUAUAUUGUAUAUAUGUAUUGUCAAACUUAUUUCCCUGAUCCUAUUUUGUUCUACUUCAACAUUAGAGUCCCUCAUCGGAGCUACAUUCUCAAAUAAUUUUCAAAUAUGCAAGCUAUUAUAUUCCAUUAGAAAAAACUUAUGUUUACUCAAUUACACUUUUCUGGAAUAUACUAACCUGCAUACCUGUAUUUCAAAUAUAUUUCGGAAUGUAGCUUCAAUGGCCCAUUGAUCCAUCAGAACAUAGACACAUGGAAUGGAAAAUAAACAUUCCAAAAACUGGAUUGAGAUAGUUGCUCAUUGUCGCCAAUCACAAUUGAGACAGUUGACUCGGACAUUUUUGUCACAUCAAUUUUCAGUACGACUAGAUAGGAAGUAUGUAAAUUUUUCAAUAUAACGCCACUGCCUCAGUGUCGCGCUAGACAGAGAAACAUCGAAUGUGUGUACCACAAAACAUUCAUUUGUAGCACUCAACGUCCAUUCUAUCUCGAUGGUCCAUUCCAUGUAUCUAUGUUCUAAGAUUGAUCCUGCGUCGAGAACGUUUUUCAUUUCUCAACCGUCUCAUCGACGCGACGGUUGCACAUCCUGAAAAAUGAUUGCUGAUUUCAUUAUUUAUUUCAAUAUGGAUCAUCCUUAGUUGAGUUCUUCCUUCACUAAAAUUAAUUCAAUAGCGCAUUUCACCCAAUAAUAUGUCUAAAAUUUGCUCCGUGAUUAGCCAUGCACAGUUCUAUCCUCUGUUCAAAGCUUCGGACAGUUGCUUUACUGAAGCAAAUUAUCUAAAAUUACGCACGAUCUAAAAUUCAUGGUGAAAUAAUUUACCAAUGCAUCUUUUUGGAGAGGUGACAAUUUCAAAAUUCGACAGCUCAGAUCAGGUUCUAUUUCAUGGUGUUCAGUUUCAUUUGACUCCAUAUCAACUUCUCAUCUUCAACACGAAAAUGUGAAUACCUAAUCAGCAGUUUGAAGAAUUUCAUACUGCAAUUGACCAUCUGCUAAAUAUGCCGAACAAACUAACGGCUGUAAAUAUUUCAUUCCAGACUUGUAGUUUUCUUAUUGCCCUUGUUCGAGAAAAUAUUGAAGUGCUAGAUAAAUAAUGUGCAUAAGCGUCGCAGGAAUUUUCCAUUUUAUAUUGUUUUUAUAAUAAUUCAGAUAAAUUCGAAAGAAACGAGUUCAUUGAGGAAUUACAGUAUUUUUGGAUUCAUUUUUCUUUCCGAGAAGAAUAAAUAUAUAUUUAUCGAAUAUAAGAUUUUAUGAGAGUGAAGACAUGGAAUAAAAUACAAAUAUUAGACUUCAUCCGUAUAAUGAAAUAAAAACGAAUAAUUAUUAUAUUGCCUGAUGGUAUAUUGAUGAGUAUAGACCAAUGAAACGAAGUCGAAGUUUUUUUUUGGUUUACUAUUCUAUUCGAUUUUGAAUAUAAAUUUAAACAAGGUUCAAAUGAAAAUAUCGAUUCUAGCAAAAUAUUCUUUAAUGCCAUUGUAAUGGGAUCUUACAAACAAUUCGCAUAAAACUGUGGUCAAGUGUCUAUCCCUUUUCAGCAUGUCUUCUCACCGAGAAAUAUUUUCAUGCAGAACACGAGUCCUGAAUCAAUAAAAUGAAACAUAUUUUAUCGUUAGCUGCAGAGAAUUAAAACUAUAAUAACACAUAUUUCCGAAUUGAAAAUAAUAAAUAUGUAAUGAUGAUUUCGAUAUACACAUUUCGUCCUGAAAUAAUAAGUUGAAGUUUUCUCAGUAACGCUGAAGUUUUUCUCAAAUCCAACUACGAAUUGAAAAGUUUUCUGAAUAAUGCUCAGGUUGCUGAGUUGCAGGAAAGUCCGUUGAAAUUUAAUACUCCAUUAAAAUUUAAAUCCUGGACUUGUCUCUUGAAAAACGAUUUUAAAUCUUAAUGGGGCAUUAAAUAUUAAUGUAUAUUCCUACUUCCUGCAGUUAAUCACGAUUCACGAUGAUAUUCAUAUUAAUGGACUUGCGCUCUGUAUGCUUGCAAAUAAUCAAGCUAUGCAAUUUAUCAGUUUGGAAGAUAUUUUUUAUGUAUAUAUAUAAUAUCAUUGAGUUCAAUAUACUCUGCUGUCUAACAGUAAUCGUUCUGGUUAAUCCGUUCAAGUGUUUAUGUAUUGGCUGUUUUUUUCAUCCAGUUAUUUAUAGUAAUACCUACAUAUUGUAUAUGAUUUUCGUUGAAAUAGAAAUGAAGUAGUGAUGUUGUUGUAAUUUGAUUUGUAACUCAUUGGAUUGGAUGUUUCAUCAGAAAUAUUUAAACUUGUAACAAAUUAAAAUGAUAUGAUGAAAA